AUGUCCGACGUCCCACCAACCGAGUCCAUUCCCAAACCAGAAGAACCGAAAGAACCACAACAGUCUCCUCAGCAACCUCAGUUCCAGCAAGUACCUCCACCAAAUUACUACCAAUUUCCACCUCAAGGUUACUACCUACCACAAGGCUUCCCGAACUACCCUCCUCAGCCUAUGCCUUACUUCCCCAACCCUUGGUUGUUCCAGCAAGCUCUACCCCAGCAAUUCCAAUUCCAAUCUCAAUCCAAAUCGAAGAGAGACCAAGACUUCGAAGAAGGUCUGAACCGUUUACGCAAAGAGUAUGCUACAGCUCCAAUUGAGAGAAAGUUGUUCCCGGACCAAAAAAUAUAUUUUAGGUGA